GAAGGAAGCGAGACUACAUAUACAGACUUUCCGCUCUUGGCUUCGCUAGGAUUUAUCACCCGCGUGGACUAUAUUUCCUGCUUUUAACCCUUGUGGAGACGAAACCCGACGGCAUGAAAAAGAUCUUCCACUUGGCUCCGCUCUCGGGCUUUCGGUUGGGUUCAGCUUGCCAAGGGCCUCGCAUAGUGUCGCAUUAUAUUCCGUCGAUAUUGAGACGAGCAGCCUUCCAGCCGGUGGCCUCGUGUUUGCGAUACUCAACAGCAAAAGAGUCGGAGUUCAAUGCUCAAGAAUGGCUAUCGACGUUCUCGAGAGAAACCAUACCAAGAGACCAGUUUGAGAUCUCGUUUGCCAGAAGCGGGGGACCUGGAGGGCAAAAUGUGAACAAAGUGAAUACGAAGGUGGAUAUGCGUUUCGCCUUGAAGACAGCUACAUGGUUACCGGAAGAAGUGAAAGCAAAUUUGCGAACUAAGCAUUCCAAUAGGAUUACGAAGCGGAAUGAGUUCUUCAUAAGUUCUGAACGACAUCGAACGCAACAUGCCAAUAUCGAGGAUUGCAUAGAUAAAAUCUUCGAGAUGGUGAAAGAGUCUGCUGGAGAGCUCGUAGAGCACGAGCCAUCGGAAGAGCUGUUGGCGAAGAUCGACGAAUUCAAAAGGGUGGACAAGGAGAAGAAGAUGAAAGCCAAGGAACGUCUCGGAUCAAAGAAAGCCAGUCGGAAACGAGGUCGCGACGAUUACUGAGGCGAUACACACACGAUCCGAUGAAUAGAGUAUUUAUUUAGAACUUAUCAUUUUGGAUAGCUCCUCAGCCCCGGUGGAUAGGGAACGCUACUUGGUUGCGGCUGGGAGAGGCGUAUUGCAUCUCCGCGUUCGCAGUCGAACUUCUGCAUCCUUUUUUUUGGCAUUGAGGGAAUCUAGAGGCGUAUUAGAGGCAAUGGUGAAGGAACUCUUGAACAUUGCAUUUUUCAUUCGUGGAUGGAGGAUAAGCCGAGGGCAGUGGUAGAGCACGGCAUACACUAUUGCAUGUCAAGAAAUUUUACAUAUGAUCGAAGCAUUGAAGAAAAUAUGUUUCUCGAAGUGACCA